AUGAUGAAUCUGAUCAACUUCAGACUCAGGAUCACAUUGUCGGAUUCGCGUGUGUUGACCGGCCAGAUGCUGGCCUUUGACAAACACAUGAACUUGGUCCUUGCAGACUGCGAGGAAUUCAGAAAGAUCAAGGCAAAGGAUGGCGCACCCUCAGGACAAGCACGAGAGCAGAAGAGGACAUUGGGAUUGGUCAUUCUCCGUGGCGAAAUCAUCGUCAGCAUGAGCGUUGAUGGACCUCCCCCACCAAGCGGCGAGGACCAGAGGUCGCGUCUUUCACAGUUGAGCGCUGGAUCAGGAAUUGCUGCGCCUGCUGGCCGUGGUAUGCCCGUUGUCCCUGGAGUUGCCCCAGGAUUGACUGGACCAGUUCGCGGUGUUGGCGGACCUGCCCCAGGAAUGAUGUUGCCCCGCGGACCUGCCGCUGCCGCACCGCCAAUGGCAUACGGCCGUGGUAUGCCCCCAGGCGGUAUGCCCCCACCAGGCAUUCCCCCACCAGGAUUCCGCCCAAUGGGUAUGGCACCUCCCGGUAUGCCCGGUAUGGCACCGCCUCCUGGCUUCCGUCCUGGUAUGGUCCCUCCUCCCGGUUUCCGUCCCGGUAUGCCCCAGGGUGGUCCUCCCCCAGGUUUCCCUCCAGGCUUCCCUCCCGGUCCUCCCCCAGGGUAUGUAUUUUUUUUCUCUGUUGACGUGAUUGUUGCUUGA